AUUCAAAAAGUUCACUUGAAGAUAAUUUACCAGUAGAUUCAAAAAGUUCAUGUGAAGAUAAUUUACCGGUAGAUUUAAAAAGUACAAGUGAAGAUAAAUUACAGGUAGACUCAAAAUGUUCAUGUGAAGAUAAUUUACCGGAAGAUUCAAAAAGUUCAUGUGAAGAUAAUAUACCGGUAGAAUCAAAAAGUUCGUGUGAAAAUAAUUUACCCGUAGAUUCAAAAUGUUCAUGUGAAAAUAAACUAGUGGUGGAUUCAAAAUGUCCAUGUGAAAAUGAAUUGGUGGUGGACAACUCAGAACAUGUCUGUGAGGGUCGAAUCUACGGAGACGUACAAGAGUUGCUGCUUGCGAUUGAUGAAUAUUGCAAUUCAAAAACGUUAUGUAUUUCAAUCUUAACAUUAUUAAAACAAUCGAAAUCAAAUAUUUGCAGUUUAAUUGACGACAAUGACAUCAGUAGAAAUGCAUUGACACAAUGUCAAAGUGACCUAGCAUGUUAUACGAACAAAUUAAACGAACAACUAGACAUGUCAAAAGAAAAAGAUUCUGUGAUAUCCUUAAUGUUCUCAGAUUUUACUUUAAUGGCAGACGAGUUGAAGAAAAUUUCAAAAGAGAAAUCAAAUUUGGAGAACAGAUUAAAACAAGUAACAGAAGAAUUGAGUUCCAUGACUGUGGAACAUGAAGAAUUAGUAAAUCAAUUUGAAGAGCAGAAAGAGGAAUUAAACAACAUUAAAUGUUGUUCAAGUAUAAAAGUCUGCGAUGAUGAAUGCAUAUUAAAAGAAGUCUGUGAGAAAACACAAACACUUACAGAAAAUAUUACAAUCAUAGAUGGAUUAGAAUAUAAUUUAUUUGAUAUUUCAAAACAGUUAAAAGAAACCGAACAACUGAAAAUUAUUUGUCAAAACAAAUGUAAACUUUUAAAUACACAAAAUAUAGACCUGAAGAAUAAACUAGAAAUCGAAAAUAACAAUAACAUAAAAAAUUGUUAUAAAAUUGAUGAUCUCUGUAAACAAAUUAAUAAAUUUGAAGCCGUCACUAAAGGACUUGAACUUCAAAACAAAGCACAUAUAGUAAAAAUUGAUGAACUUAAAGAAGAAAAAUGUGUCGCAGAAAAACGAUUUAAUAACAUAAUUGAAGAUCUAUAUUGCACAAUUCAAGAAUUAAGAAGUGAUUUAGCCACUGCUAAAUGUAACACUGAAAAUACUGAAAAAUACUUAAAAAAUAUUAAUUAUGAGAACAAAAAAUGUUUUGAGAAUAAAAUUUGUUUACUGAAAACUGACAUUGAGAACUUAGAAACUGAACUUAAUUAUUAUAAAUGCCAACAUGAUUUGUUAAUGACAAAGUACCUGUUAAAUGAAAAAGAACUUUCAAAAUUUUGUGAGAUGGUUAGUCUGUCACAAAAUCGAGAAUUAGAAUUGAAUAAAGAAAACGAAGAAAAUAAAGAACGUGUGUCAACGCUAUGUGAAACUUUGCAUGUAACGGAACAACAACUUGAAGACACAAUAGAAAAAAACAACGAAUUGACAAGUCAAAAUAAUAAUUUAAGAGCUGAAAAUGACGUACAGUGUCAAGAUAUCGAGGAUUUGAAUAAUUCCCUGAUAUGUGUAAGAAAAAAGGAAUCGUGUGUGCGAAAAGAUUUAGUUGUGCAUAAGGAAAAACUAACGAAAGCGGAGGAUGAAAUUGCCAAUUUGAAUUCAGAGAUGAUCUUUGUUAAAUGUGAAUUGCACAAAACGUGUGCCAAUUUGACUUGCACGGAACAAAAGCUACACGAUACAGAGUUGAAACUGAACGAAGAGAUAUGUCUCAAAGAAGAAAUCAAUCAGAAAUAUUGUAAUAUGGUCAACUGUCUGACUACGAAUUGCGAAAUGCAGCAAUUGAUAAAGCCAACUUGUAUAUCAGCCGGAUGUCAAUAUGAUAUAUCAGCAGACGAUAAACAGAUAGGAGACCACUGCUGUUAUCCUGGCGAAAACAUCACGUCGUGUAAUAUUACAAACCAUGAAAACACUUAUUCGAUUAAAAUGACAAAGGAAUCUACUCAUAUUGGUGUACAGACAAAUUUGUGUUGUCCAGCAAGUUGUCCGCCACCAGCCCAUUGUAAAAAGAUAUCAGUAGUUAUUGAUGAAUCCUGUCCAAACGAUAACAUCCUGUGCUGCCCUGAACCGUGUGACGAAAAUAAAUGUGACUUUGGCCAAUGCGAAUCAAAUGACUGUUGCACGUGUCAAUGUGAAACACUGCCACUCGAAACAACAUCGCUAUCGGAUUGUCAUUCAGCCGACUGUCUACGUUCUGAAGAAUCAAAGCUCACGACAUCGUGCGACUGUAUCGCUCUUUUCUUGGAAAAAGAAAAAUUAAAAUGUCAACUGGACGAGUCGACACAACUAUUAGAACAAUAUGGAAAGGACGCGGAGAAAAAAAUAUGUGAAAUUCAAGCAGAACAUUGCCAAAAAGAGAAGGAUAUGAAUACAUGUUUCGAAAGGGCAACAUCGCAGUACAAAACAUGUAUCGAUGAGGUCACUGCUCAAUUGACAGAAUGCAAAGAAACGAUUGUGUGUAUGGAACAGGAAUUAAAAUGCUGUCGGGAAACAGAAAACCGACUAAAAAAAGAAAUUGAAAAACUAAAAGAAGCUUUAAAAUGCAAAGAUUCAAAAAUCAAUGACGAAGAAAAUAAAUUGAAAACGAUGUGUGAAUGUCUGGAGGAAUGCAAAAAACAAUUCGUUACUCUGAAAUGCUCGUUGGAGCUGGAAAAAUCCGUUAAAGAGGAGUUGGACAGACAAUUGAGCGAAAUAGUCGUUAAGCCCAAAAAGAAGAUCGCAAAGAAAUUAAAGACACCCGAAAAAGUUAAGCCAAAGCGGAAAA